GGGUCAACGGGUCUGCGGGACGAGUGUCUGCGCGGUGUCCCAAUGGUCUCCGGCAAAAUGUUUCAGUUGGCUAAUUCUACAAACAGCUGUUUAUUUGUUAACGACAAGAGCUAAGAUUUUGUACCACACAGUCAGUGAACCACCGUAACUUGAUGUCACAACAAUAACAGCUUCUGUUAUGGGUGUAAGAUGGCACAGUGAUGCCAUCUGUUGGUAAAUGUUCAUUACUGCAACUCUUGUGUUUUACCGGGCUGCUUGAGAUACCCGGAUGUAAUUGUGAUGUACUGAACAAGACUGGUUACUCGCAUCAAUUCCUCUGUCUCGUCAUUUAACGUUCAAACAGCUUCGUUAGAAUUGCAGCCCGCCAAAUGUAACAGUGCAUUAGAACAGUAGUGCCUUCAGAGUAUUACAAUGAAUUGUCUAGAUACAUGUUAAAUACUGUGGAGCUCAGUACAAUCACAAAUGAGUUAUGUGAAAGUACAACUUCAUAAUGAGUAUAAUUAACAAAAUCUCCCGCCAAAAGAACGAACAUUUGACCUACUGGCGCAUUUGUCACGUGAUUAUUCUGUGAGCUGAUUGGUUCGUUCAGUGACCCUGAUCAAGCGUUUACAGAAACCUCUGCGGCGGGACAUUCGUAAUCUUUUCAGCCUCUCGAAAGAGUGCAGAGUGAUUUUUCAUAAUAAUUACAAAUAUUGUUUAACAGAAGGUUAACGUAAUGGAGUGUUUGAAUGUUCCAAGAAUCCUGCCAAAUUCCCCACGGAAAGCAAUAGGACAGAUCCAGGUCAUCUUUGGGCCAAUGUUCUCCGGCAAAAGCACUGAGUUGAUAAGGCGAGUGCUUCGUUUCCAGGUCGCUCAGUACAACUGUUUGGUGGUCAAAUAUGCCAAAGAUACGCGCUACUCUGAGAAGGGCAUGGCCACGCACGACAAAAAAACAAUGGAAGCUGUACCAGCCAACUGCCUGAGCGACGUGCGUUCUCUAGCUCUGCAGGCCUGCGUCAUCGGAAUCGACGAAGGACAGUUUGUAAGUAUAGUACAUUAGUCUGUUAGCCUCUCACUGUGUCCAACAGAGUGAUCCUCUUUGUUCCUCACUAGAUCAUUACCUGUAUUGUCUCUACAGCUAA